UUUCUUUCCAGUUAGGGUUCAUCAUUUUAGCGCCGUCUCUAUACUCUCCUCCCUCCUCAGGGUUGAUCUUUAACUUGUAAAGAUGGUGCAGUAUAACCUAAAGAAAAUCACUGUUGUUCCCAAUGGGAAAGAAAUGAUAGACAUUGUUCUAUCACGAACGCAACGACAAACCCCAACAGUUGUCCAUAAAGGUUAUGCGAUAUCUCGGCUUCGUCAGUUUUACAUGAGAAAGGUGAAAUACACUCAGCAGAAUUUUCACGAAAAGCUGUCUGCUAUCAUCGACGAAUUUCCUAGGCUGGAUGAUAUUCAUCCCUUUUAUGGUGAUCUUCUUCAUGUCCUGUACAACAAGGAUCACUACAAGCUUGCCCUUGGCCAAAUUAAUACAGCAAGAAAUUUGAUUUCGAAGAUUUCUAAGGAUUAUGUUAAGUUGUUGAAGUAUGGUGAUUCACUUUACAGAUGCAAGUGUCUUAAGGUUGCUGCUCUGGGUCGAAUGUGUACUGUAGUAAAGAGAAUCGGCCCUAGUUUGUCUUAUCUUGAGCAGGUUAGGCAACACAUGGCUAGGUUGCCUUCUAUUGACCCAAAUACAAGAACAAUAUUGAUCUGUGGGUAUCCCAAUGUUGGGAAGAGCUCAUUCAUGAACAAGGUCACUAGGGCUGAUGUAGAUGUACAGCCAUAUGCGUUUACAACAAAGUCUCUUUUUGUUGGUCAUACGGAUUACAAGUAUUUGAGAUAUCAAGUGAUAGAUACACCUGGAAUUCUGGAUCGGCCUUUUGAAGAUCGGAAUAUCAUUGAGAUGUGUAGUAUUACUGCUCUAGCACAUUUGCGUGCUGCAGUUCUCUUCUUCUUGGAUAUUUCCGGAUCAUGUGGGUAUACAAUUGCCCAACAAGCUGCUCUUUUUCAUAGUAUAAAAUCACUUUUCAUGAAUAAGCCAUUGAUCAUAGUGUGCAACAAGACAGAUUUGCAGCCAUUUGAUAGUAUUCCUGAGGAAGACAAGAAGUUGAUUAUGGAAAUGAAAGCUGAGGCUCUGAAAACAGUGGUAGGCCAGGGAGGGGAGGCAACUAGUGAUGAGGGAGUACUAUUAACAAUGAGUACUUUGACAGAGGAAGGCAUUAUUGCGGUGAAGAAUUCAGCCUGUGAUAGGUUGUUGGAUCAGAGGGUGGAAUUGAAGAUGAAGUCUAAGAAGAUAAAUGAUUGCUUAAAUCGCUUUCAUGUAGCAAUGCCAAAACCCCGGGACCAGAAGGAAAGGCCUGCUUGCAUUCCUCCAGGAGUUUUGGAAAGCAAGGCUAAGGAAGCACUUGAGAAGGCGGAGAAAGAAAAGAAGAAAACUGAAAGGGAUCUUGAGGAAGAGAAUGGUGGAGCUGGUGUAUACUCGGCUAGUUUGAAGAAGCAUUACAUCUUAGCAAAUGAUGAAUGGAAGGAGGAUAUCAUGCCAGAAAUUCUUGAUGGGCACAAUGUUUAUGACUUCGUUGACCCUGAUAUCUUGCAUAGGCUUGAAGAGUUGGAGAGAGAAGAAGGGCUUCGUCUUGCCGAUGAAGCUGAGGAAAAUUUUGAGAUGGAUGGUGACGAAUUGACACCCGAAGAGAAAGAAGCAUUGGCAGAAAUCAGGAAAAAGAAAAGCUUGCUCAUUCAUGAACACAGGUUGAAGAAGAGCACCGCAGGGAAUAAUCCCAUUGUUCCUAGGAAGUUUGACAAGGAUAAGAAGUUUACAACUGAGAGAAUGGGGAGACAAUUAUCCAAAUUGGGUCUAGAUCCUUCUGCCGCUAUAGAGAGGGCUCGGAGCAAGUCAAGGGGUCGGAAGAGGCUUAGAUCAUCUGAUAUGGAUGGGGACGAGGAUGCCAUGGAUAUGGAUAAUGAGCCAUCCAACAAGAAACAACGUGCUCUGUCUCGAUCAAGGUCUAGGUCAAAAUCACGGCCACCAACUGAAGUUGUCCCUGGAGAAGGACUAAAGGACUCUGUCCAAAAAGGCAAGGCUAUUAAGCUUGCCAAGAAAUCUUCUAACAGGAGGAAUAAGAGUGCACGUCGGGGAGAAGCAGAUAGAGUCAUCCCUAAUCUCAAACCCAAACACUUGUUUUCCGGAAAGCGUUCCAAUGGCAAAACAGAUAGGCGUUGAGCAUUUUCAGGUUAUGCAAUUGCACGCAUUCGGUUUCAUUUGGUGCUUGUUGUGCCAUCUGUGCUUGCUGCGAUGAACUUGAUGUGGUUCGGAACAAUUCUAAAAAGAUUUUUGCUAAGCGACAAUGACAGAUUCUGGUAUGGAACGACUAUUUUUCAUCAGAUUGUUUCUCGUUCGUGUAAAAUGGUGGUUUGAAGAUAUAGGGACCGGAACUAAAAGUUAACAUUGAGAAAUUAGACUUACAAUUAGAAUAGGGCUUGCAACUAGCUGAAUGUUGGAAUCACAGGUUCAUGUACGUGCAGGAAAACAAUAGACUUAACUGUUGAAAUUACACCCUUGCUUAAUGAAGAGGAAGUAAAUAACAGUAAUUUGUAAUAUUCAUAAAUAACCCUUAUCUAGAAGAAGUUUAUAGGGUGAGACUUUUAAUAUUUUAAUUUAUAUAUAUAUAUAUAUAUAUAUAUAUAUAUAUAUAUAUUUUACUUUAUUUUUUUCUUAAAUGGUUAUUUUAAUCACAG